AUGCCUUUCUCAGAUGCAGCACAAAAGGCUUUAAAGAUCCUUUUACGGGAGCUGACCUCUACAACUCCUACACCUACCUCCUCGGUAGCACCUACAACGCCGGCUAUACUAUCAUCGUCGGCAAUACCUUCGUCUGCGGGGCCUUCGCUACCUACACAAGCCCAGUAUACAGGCACUCGGUUCGCUGACCUCCGGAGUAAUCCAGUCAGCGGAAACCGCCUUACUUAUACCAAGAAGUACCAGGAGGCCGAGGCUGCUCGGAAAGCCGCGGAAGAGGCGAGUAAGGAGAUCACUAUAAUAGUGAUUUUCUAUCUCCAGGAGAAACCAGGGGAGACAAAUCCAAUUCCGGAUACUUCAAUUUCGGUUAGCCUUCGUCCUAAACAAACGGUCUUGAAUAUCGACAGCUUUACGAGAGAUUAUUUUGUUAAAGGACUACCGAGUAUCGUCGAUUUUAGCCUAGGGUGGACAGACAAGUGUUACUUUACUGAGGAGAUGUAG